AUGGUGUUUUUCCCCACUGCAUCUCAACUCCAAGCAUCGUUCAACCCUAAUGGUGCCCGUUACUGGGUCAAAGCUCCUUCUGUCGAAGAAGCUAAGGACAAAACUGUUUCUGCCUUGAAGAAGGCGGAACAGGUUGUUGCUGCAGACGUCGCAAAGAUUGUCAAGCCUAACCACAGCAUCCCUCUCUACUCCUCUGAGUACUACAAAUACUGCACACUCGGUGGUAUUCUUGCUUGCGGUCCUACCCACGCCAGUGUCACUCCUCUUGAUUUGGUCAAGUGCCGUCUCCAAGUUGACCCUAAGCUUUACCGGGGUAAUAUGGAUGGCUGGAGAACCAUUAUUCGCACCGAGGGUGCCUCUGCUAUCUUUACUGGUUUUGGUGCUACCUUGAUCGGUUAUUCUUUGCAGGGUGCUGGUAAGUACGGUCUUUACGAGUACUUUAAGAAGAAGUACUCUGACCUUGUUGGUGAGGCUAACGCUAUCAAGUACAAGACCGGUGUCUACUUGAUUGCUUCUGCUUCUGCUGAGUUCUUCGCCGAUUUGAUGCUCUGCCCCUAUGAGAUGAUCAAGGUCAAGACACAGACCACUAUGCCUCCUUUUGCUAAGGGUCCUUUCGACGGCUUCUCCAAAUAUGUUGCAUCCGAGGGCUACGCUGGAUUGUACAAGGGUUUGGUCCCCUUGUGGGCUCGUCAGAUCCCUUACACCAUGGUCAAGUUCGCUACCUUCGAGAACACUGUUCUUGCCAUUUACUCUCUCUUGCCCAAGAAGAAGGAAGAGUACUCCCUGAUUGCCCAGACUGGUGUUUCCUUCCUUGGUGGUUAUAUUGCUGGUGUUUUCUGUGCUAUCGUUUCUCACCCUGCUGAUGUCAUGGUUUCCAAGAUCAACAAAGAGAAGCUGCCGACUGAGGGCACUGGUGAGUGUUUGUCUCGUAUCUAUGCUAAGAUCGGUUUCUCCGGUUUGUGGACCGGUCUUGGUACCCGUAUUAUCAUGGUCGGUACCCUCACUGGUCUCCAGUGGCUCAUCUACGACUCCUUCAAGGCUUACGUUGGUCUGCCCACUGCUGGUUCCGCUCCUCCUGCUGAGCAAAAGUAA